AUGUCGUCGAUAUUCAACGACGUGACAGACCCCUGCUCUUGUCCCUCUCUUUCUGUCGCUCGUUUCAACACCAUAAAUACUGCCCUCAUAAUCCCGACGAGUCCUCCCAAAAACAUGUUCUCCUCCGUCCUUCUCACCGCCAUUUUCGCCUCCCGUGCCCUCGCCAUCGUCACUCCCAACGCGCCUGGGCCUGGUGAUAAAUUUGCGCAGGGUUCUACGUGCCAUAUCAGCUGGGCGGGUGACUCUGACUCUGGGUCAUCUACUGCUUGGUCGAACAUGGCCAUCGAACUUAUGACUGGGUCUAAUGAGGCCAUGAUUCAUAUCACCACCGUAGCAACGGGACAAGAUGGCACGAAAACCGGUGUUUUCGAUUAUACCUGCCCGGAGGUUACUCCGAAUGCUGCAAUCUACUUCUACCAAUUCACUGCACCUGGAACGAGCAACUUCACCUGGACCACGCGUUUUACCAUAACUGGGGCGGAUGGGUCAACUGUCGAAGCAACUGAGACUGAGAAGGGAGCUGAUGGACAGCCGGUCCUCUGGGGAAAAGGCGCGCUUGUUGACCCUUCAAAGGCAGUUGCAGCCCCCACCUUUAACACCACAAAUACUGGCAACUCCAACCCUCCAUCAGGCCUUCCUUCAAGCGUAGCCCCUGCCCCUUCGUCAAUCGUACCAGGAGGAAGCUCAGGUACUUCUAAACCUGCUUCACUCAGUUCGCCAACACGCAGCGUUGCUUCCAGCGCGCCGUCCACCUCAGGCUCAAGUGCUGCUGUUGCCCUUGGACCUUCUUCAUCAUACACAAGGGUUUGGCCCAUUGUUGCUUCACUCUUUGCAUCUGUCAUGGCAUCUACGCUGUUCUUGUGA